CUGGUGUGCUAUAAAAUGGCAUUCCAACGGGAACUGGCCAGUACAGUCGGUUGCUGGUACCCCGGACGGUUAGACAUGAAGUGGAACAGUGCUGGAAACGGUGCCUUCGCUGGUGCGCUGCUGCUGCUGGUGGUGGCAUGCGGUGUAACCUUGGGUGAUGGAGCGGAACUGGCACGGUACGAUAACUACCGCCUGUAUCAGGUGACACCCCGGAGCGCGGAACAGUUCCGGACGAUCGCGGCCAUGGAGGAAACGAGCGACAGUCUGAUAUUCACCGAGACGGCCCGGAAAGUCGGAGAACCGUUCAGCGUGAUCGUGGCCCCCCACAAGUUGGCCGAUUUUACGGAAACCCUCGAAUCGGACCUCAUCCCGUACCGGAUGGUGGAAAGCAACGUGCAGCAUUCGUUCGAUGAGGAACGCUCGCGGAUCAUGAGCAAACGGACACGCGGUGUAUUCGAUUGGACCGAUUAUCAACCGCUGGAAGAGAUUCACCGGUGGUUGGAUCGAUUGGCCGCUGACCACGAGGAGGUGCAGCUACUGAACGCCGGAUACUCCCACCAGAACCGAACGCUGAAGGGUGUGCGGCUGUCCUACGGUGAGGGCCGUCCAGCGAUCUUCCUCGAGGGUGGCAUUCACGCCCGGGAAUGGAUCUCACCGGCCACCGUAACGUACAUCCUGAACGAACUCAUCAACAGCGAGGAUCCCCAAGUGCGUGCCAUCGCCGAGCGGUACGAUUGGUACGUGUUCCCGAACGCCAAUCCCGAUGGGUACGAAUACACGUUCCGCGUUAACCGGCUGUGGCGCAAAACACGCAAACCUUACGGGCUCGCUUGUUUCGGUGCCGAUCCGAACCGCAACUGGGACUUCCACUGGGCGGAACAGGGUACCAGCAGUAACCCCUGCUCGGACACUUUCGCCGGACCGAAAGCAUUCUCCGAGAUUGAAACGAAAUCGUUGGCUGCGUUCGUGAAGACACUCCGUGGUAAGCUCCGGGCGUACAUUGCGUUCCAUUCGUACUCGCAGUUGCUCCUGUUCCCGUACGGACACACCGGGGAGCAUUCGCCGAACCAUCAGGAUUUGAAUGAGAUCGCUGAUGCGACGGUACAAUCGUUGGCACAGCGGUACGGUACGAGGUACACGUACGGGAAUGUGUACGAUGCCAUCUAUCCGGCCAGUGGUUCCAGUGUCGAUUGGAGUUACGGGGUGGAGGAUGUGAAGAUCGCUUACACGUACGAGCUACGACCGGGAUCGAACGCGUUCAAUGGGUUCGUGCUGCCGCCGAAGCAAAUCAUUCCGACCGGUGAGGAAACUUUGGAUUCACUCAUCACGCUGCUGGAGGAAUCGGCCGAACGGGGUUACCUGGCGGUCUAGAAAUCGUUCGAUUGUGAGGAUUGUGUGCGUAAUAUGCUUUAUUAGAAUCGUGCACAUCUACAAAAAGGGUGCUUAACCGGGGGUACUUGAAGAGAACAAAUAUAAUCGCAAACACCCCCCCGCA